AUGAACGAAGAUUGGUGGGAAUUGCAGCUGGAGACUCCGAUUAGGGACGCCAUUACGAGAACCCGAUUCGCGCCCCACUCUAACAACCUCCUAAUUUCUUCUUGGGACAAUAGUCUUCGGCUAUACGACGUUGACGCCUCCUUGCUCAGACUAGAAGCUCCUUCACAAUCACCUCUUCUCGAUUGUUGCUUCCAGCACGACUCCGUUGCUUUCACCGCUGCUUCUGAUGGAUUCAUCCGAAGGUAUGAUUUGGAUUCAGGAAUUAUUGAUACCGUGGGUAGUCACGAUGAUAUAGCAACAUGCAUUGGAUAUUCCAAUGAAACAUGUCAGUUGAUCUCAUCUGGAUUUGACAAGAAGUUAUUGUUGUGGGACACCCGUUUGGAGAAGGCUUGUUCAUGCUUGAGAAAUCUUGGUGCAGAGGUGGAUUCCAUGUCCGUCUCUGGGUUUAAUUUUAUUGCAGGCAUUGGAGCAUUUGUGCAUGUUUAUGAUUUGCGUAACUUUGACAAACCAGUUCAGUCAAAGGAGCCAUGCAAUGCACAAUUAUGGUGUGUCAGUUCAAUUCCUUAUGCAAAAGGAUUUGCAGUUGGAUCAGUUGAUGGACGAGUAGCAUUGCAGAUUUCCUAUUCAUCCAAUUCAAAUGACAUAGGAUAUACAUUCAGGUGUCAUCCAAAAUCAAAGGAUGGACGGCAUCAUUUGGCAUCGGUGAAUGACAUUGCAUUCAGUCCACUUGUGUCUGGUGCUUUUGUCACCGGUGACAAUGAAGGCUAUGUUACCAUAUGGGAUGCUGGAAGUAGGAAAAGACUUGUUGAGUUGCCCAGAUACUCAAAUAGUAUUGCAUCCUUAUCAUACAACCAUUUAGGACAGCUUCUGGCCGUAACAUCAAGCUAUACUUACCAAGAAGCAAAGGAAAUAGAAGAGCCUCCUCAUGUAUUCAUCCAUAAAGUGGACAACAUUGAUAUUGGAUCAAUUUCUGCUGGUAGGAAAAGUUAAGCGUUUAUGCUAUGCUUGUCAAUGAAGGUAAGAGACA